AUGCGCUUGUUCAACAGCCGCAGUUUGUUCCUCUCAACCAUUACAAGUGGGAUCUUGUUCCUCCUCGCAGUGCAAAGUGCAGCCGCUCCUGUCCAGCUCCAAAUACGUGAAUCUAGCACCAAGAGCCUUCAAAUUCGCCCAAGGACCAACUAUGCGGCACGGGCAGCAGCAGAAGCGCUCCUCCCUCGUAUAGUGACAGGAGAGAAAGACCCAACUCCGAAGGAUGCGGCCGAGACCCCUGCGGAAAUGCGGGAAUUGGAGGCAUCGGAGCGAUUACAGAGAACACAAGCAUGGGUGCAAGCGCAAAAGGGAGUGUCGUACAAGAAGGUCUAUCCAGGAAGAGGGACCGACGCCUCACAUAUCCCAACGACGUCCCACGACAAGUUCGCGAACCCGAAUCCACCGCAGUGGAUCAAGACUGCUAGAAGGCAGGGACGACUCAUGCCUCCGAGUCGUAGACCAUGGCGUCGAGUGACUGCGGCAAAGGGGCCAGAGGAGCAGGGGACAAACGGGAAAAACACUCAGCCAGGGCCAGCUGAAAGCGGGAAAAGGCCUGAACCCAAGAAAGCCGAUCCUCUCCCGCCUGUUUCCCCGCCUUUCUCUGGAACGGACGGGAAAGGAAGUUCACAGACUCCCCAGACUGACCCGCCAGAAAACGGAAAGAAACCGGAGCCCAAGAGAUCUAAUUCUAUCUCUUCUGCUUCUCCUGGUCGUGCACAGAAUCUGGAGCCAGGAUCGAACGGGCCCGGAAAGGGAGGUGUAGUACAGAGUACGCAGCCGGAGCCACCUGAACCCAAGGGAUCCAAUUCUGCAUCGCCUGCCAGUGGUUCUUCUGGUAGUGCGCCAAACCUGGAGCCGGGUUCGAAUGGGCCCGGAAAGGGAAGUGUACAGAGUCCCCAGCCGGCGCCUGAACCCCCGAGGUCCAAUCCUGUCUCCCCUCAGGCAGGUCGCCCACAGAACCAAGAGCCGGGGUCGAACGGGCCUGCGACGGGAGGUAGGCAGAGUCCACAGCCGGGACCACCGGAAAGCGCGAAGAGACCGGAGCCCAAGAGAUCUGAUUCAAUGUCGUCUUUAUCUUCUGAAAAAACGCUCGUGGGUUGA